AGUCACCGACCGAAAUCAAUCGAGAGAGGACGCGCAGUAACUCGCUCCGCGGGCACGUUACAUGUGCACAACGUAACACGUUUACAUAACAACCAUCCUAAGACACCCACGACGCAGGGCCUCGCUCGUCGGACGGGCGUGAAUGUGAAUCUACGAUGUACGCGACGUAAAGGGCCGCCUCGAUUACGUAACUAGUAACACUCGGAGGGAGAGAAAAGUGCGAAAUAAUAGUUAAUAAUUGCGCAAGUAAGCGACAACAAGAUCGAUAUAUAUGAUCUAACCUCUAACAUGGACUAGUUACACAAUAUGCAGCAGAGCGAUUUUGGUCGGGAGCACUUCUUGAAUAAGUACCCGGAUUUGUUGACGUCGUUGAGCGGCUACAGCAGAUCGAAAUUCAAAAACGUCGGAAGGGUGUUGCGAAGGGACACGGCGCGAUUGCGAUUGCUGAGGAAAUUCAAGAGGAGCUUCAAGCUGCGGCAAUUCUUCCAAGCCAUGGACCACAAGCCUCUGCUGUUCACGUGCCCUCUGUGCCGGAACAUAUUAAUAACACCCAUAACCGUUGAUUGCGGACAUACGUUUUGUAAAGACUGUUUAUCAUCGAUGGAUAGCGAGGAUUUUUAUCGGAAAUGUACCGUUUGUUGCACGGAAUUGAAUCUCCAAAAAUACAAUAUAAACGUUUUGGUGCAGCACUUGCUGGAAAAGUGGAGGGAACGGAAUAAAUCUAACAUUGACACAGAUAUGUCGGUUCCGAACACUGAGGAUAUUCUAGGCAUCGAACCCAGGUACCAUCUACGAUCGGGAUACGCGGGACUACAAAUCAAAAAUGAAAAUAGGAUAGCUAAUUACAUACAUGAACCAAUGGAUAAAUUAUCUAGGUACAAAAAGGAUAAGCGGAAACAGAAGACUACAAAUAUUUGCAAUAAUUCGUUCCAAAAAUUCUGGAUAGACGACGACACCGACAACUACCAACAAUUUCAAGAGACCCUGGAUAACGUUUUUAAAGAAGUUGACGAUAUAAAAGAAGACGCGUUGAAGAGCAGUUGGGAUUGCAUCGCAGCCACCGAUUUGGAAUGCAUCCUGUGCAGCAGGUGUUUGCUGGAUCCUGUGACGACCGGUUGCGGCCACACGUUCUGCAGGGGCUGUUUGACCAGGGUGUUAGACCACAGGCUGUCCUGUCCCCUGUGCAUGGCACCUUUGAACAUAACGGACUAUUCCAGAGGCGCGACGGAAAUCCUGCAGGAGGCCAUACGGUUUUUAGUUCCUCGAGAUUACAACGAGAGAAUGUCAAUCAGUAUAAAGGAGAGCCUGAUUUUAGAACGAAGCUCAGACAUACCAGUUUUUAUAUGCACGAACGCUUUUCCUGGAGUAGCGUGCCCUUUGUACGUGUACGAGCCUAGAUAUCGCCUGCUAACUCGAAGGUGUCUUCAAUCUCCCACCAAACGAUUCGCGAUGGCUGGUAAAGAUUCGGGGGACAAAUUCGUGCAAUACGGUACUGUAUUAGAAGUCAAAGACGCUGUGAACUUGGAAGACGGGCGAUUCAUACUCACAACUGUCGGUGUUCGAAGGUUUAAAGUCAUCAGCAGGAGUGAGAAGGAUGGAUACGAUACAGCCAAAAUACAUUACAUUAAAGAUACCGAUGUACCUGCGGAUAAAUUGCAGGAUUUGAUCCAACUGAACGAUAGAGUCUACAACAAAGCUUCCAAGUGGAUAAAAUCGCUGAAACCUAAAGUCCUGGCUGAAGUCGAAAGGCUUAUCGGUAAAAUGCCCAAAGUAGAAAAAGACUGGAUGAUUUUACCCGAUGGUCCCUCGUGGGCAUGGUGGUUGAUGCCAAUUCUACCCCUCAGCUCACAAUUACAAGUGGGUUUUCUCAGCACGACUAGUCUGGAGAAGCGAUUGAGGGCCAUCGACAAAAUGCUGGAGCACAUGAAGAUCCGGAUGAGGGCUCUGGAGAGGAACACUGUGGCCUGUUCGCAGGAGACCGAUUCGAUGGAUUCCUGCGGCGAGACGGGGCGGUCGUUCGAAUUGCCAUUUAAUAAUAAUUAAUUUAUUUUCUAAUUUAAUCACCGAAAGCGUAUUGUUCUCGUAUCAGAUGUAUAUUUGCAAUUGUAUUGUUAUCGCGAUGCGAAAUUUAUUGACAUGUUUCACCCGGCUCGGUAUAUUGGUUUCCUACGUAAGAUAUCCUUGAGGUGUGAUUCAGUGAUGAUUGAUAUUUAUGGAUGUUUAUUGAACAGUACAUUCGUUUUAUCGUGCUAUUUAUGACAUUUUAUCGGCACAUUUACGAACUUUUAAAUGAGGCAAUUUUAACGAAAAGUUCUUUGCGAAACUGGCACAACAAAAUUUACUAAAAAAGUUAUAAUUGAUGAUCAUACAUUUUGUUUUGUUUGUAUUUAUUGAAUCAUUCUUCUCUACCUCUACCCUCAAACUUUAUUUUUCCCGAAUAUUUGUGCCAAUUUCUAAUAAACAUUAAAAAAAUCGUCCGAAAUAUUUGGAGCUUUUUCGCAUAGAGUAUUAUCGCCAUUUGUAAAAUUAAAUCGGUUUUUUCGCAAUGAUAAGAAAACAUUUAAUAUAUGGAAAAUCCCACGCUCCUUCUCCCCCUUUUUCCAAUAUAUCUCGUACAAUCAUUUUUAUCUAGGACAUUUUUGACUAUUUAUACUGUAGUUGGAUAGUAUUCGGAUUUUAUUAAGUGACCUGCUAUUCAAAAUUCUGAAUUUUGUUGAACGCGACAAGUCCGAUCUGGUCAAUUCGAUUCACUUCACCCAAAAUUUGAUAAUAAAUUUCGGUCUUCACGCAGGGCAUUUACACAAAUUCCACGCCUAGCUCGGACUUGUCCGGAACCUUUGUGAUUUAAUUACUAAUUAGAAUAAACGUGACCAAAAAUUUAUUUAUUUUUCUAAGAGAUUUUAUGUUGUUUCUCUUGUAGACUAGAUGUCGUAUACCAUAGAUAUAUUUUUUUAUUUUUAAUAUUUAAAAAAAAACGCGUUUGGUUUUUUUAUUAUUUUCCGACGCGAAAAUUGCGCGAAAACUAUUGUAACAAUACGGAAUUUCAUAUUUAUUUUGUUUCAUGUGAUACUAUUUUAAUACAUACCUAAUUUAUUA